AUGAGGAAGAUGCUGGCUGCUGCUGUCUCUAGCGUGCUGUCUGUUGUCACCCAGAAGCCCGCUAACAGGGUGCUUGUGGCAUCCUGUAACUAUUCAAAUGAUGCUACAUUUGAGAUUAAGAAAUGUGAUCUUUAUCGGCUGGAAGAGGGUGCCCCUGUCACCGCAGUGCUCACCCGGGAGGAUGGACUCAAAUACUACAGGAUGAUGCAGAACAUUUGUCGAAUGGAAUUGAAGGCGGAUCAGUUGUAAAAACAGAAAUUUAUUCGUGGUUUCUGUCACUUGUGUGAUGGUCAGGAAGCUUGUUGUGUGGGUCUUGAGGCUGGGCUAAAUCCCACGGAUCAUGUUAUUGCAUCCUGUCAGGCUCGGUUCAUGUGUACUCAUGGACUUUCUGUCCCAUCAAUUCUAGCAGAGCUGACAGGUCGAAGAGGUGGCUGUGUUGAAGGAGAAGGAGGGUCAAUGCAUAUGUAUGCCAAUAACUUCUAUGGAGGCAAUGGCACUGUUGGCGCUCAGGGACUGCUGGGAGCUGCUUAUAAUAUGACAGCUGUGUGGAAUUUACCUUGUAUUUUCAUCUGUGAGAAUAACCGCUAUGGAAUGGGAAUAUCUGUUGAGAGAGCUGCAGCCAACACUGAUUACUAAAAGAGAGGCAGUUUCAUCCCUGGCCUAAAGGUAGAUGGAAUGGAGGUUCUGUGUGUUCGGGAGGCAACUGAGGUUGCAGCUGACUAUUGUAGAUCUGGAAAGGGGCCCAUACUGAUGGAGCUGCUGACAUACCAUUAUCAUGGACACAGUAUGAGUCACCCUGGAAUCAGUUAUCGUACACGAGAAGAAGUUCAGAAUUUAAGAAGUAAGAGCCAUCCUAUCAUGCUUCUCAAAGAUAAAAUGGUAAACAACAAACUUGCCAGUAUUGAAGAAUUGAAGGAAAUUGAUGUUGAAGUGAGGAAAGAAAUUGAUGCUGCUGCUCAGUUUGCUAUAACCGAUCCUGAACCACCUUUGGAAAAAUUAAGCCAUCACAUCUACAGCACUAAUCCACCUUUUGAAAUUCGUGAUGCAAAUCAGUGGAUCAGGUUUAAGUCAGUCAGUUAA